GACCUAUAUACUUCCUCGACCUAAACUCCGUACAUGCUAAUGAGGUAUCCACGGCGGCCGGACAUGCAUGGCUCCAACUCAAACGCAACCAAGCAAUCGUCCCCGCAGCCGUCGGAGCACAGUGCCAGCCGCCGUUUUCACGCCAGAGUCCGGCUCCCGACCAAAACCGACGUGCCACACCUCCACAAGCUCAUGCAACAAAUGGCGUCCUACCAUAACUACACUCAAGUGUUCACCGCCACCGAAACCUCAAUAUCCGCUAACCUCUUCGGCUCCGACGACUUCCCCUCCGGCACGCCGCCUUUCUACUCCGCCACGGCUCUCCUUCUCGAUGUAUCCCGGUCUCCCCUCGUAGGAUGCUCUUCUCAUAAUGUUUUUUGCCCGGUUCUCAAGGCGGUGGAUCUCGUCGAAUCUGUGGACGACAGGGAAUCCGAAAAGUACUUGUCGCAGGAGGAAGAAGGAAACGGCGGCGGCGGCGUUGUUGUCGCCGGUUAUGUUCUUUUUUAUCCUAGCUAUUCCGGUUACUUCCAAAGCCCAAGUAUCUUCAUGGAGAAUCUGUACGUGAGGGAGUGUUACCGGGGGAUUGGUCUUGGGAAAAUGCUCUUCUCCGCCGUCGCCUCCAAGGCAGCCGUGCUCGGCUUCUGCACCAUCGAUUGGUUGGUGGUGGGUUGGAACGAGGAAGCCAUCGAGUUUUACAGGGGAAUGGGGGGCCAAAUCAUGGCAGAUGUUAAACGCUUUAGGUUGUCUGGCGAAGCCCUCUUGGCGUACGUCAAUCCCGCAGCUAAAUUAUAUUUUGCACCUCAUUAAACAUAUUUUGGAUGAUAUUUGAUUUUGCACCCUUAUUAAUGUAUGUGCUCUAGUUUAAUGCUUCGAAAAUAAAUACUUAUGUACGUAGCUUUUGCUCUAUGUAGUUAGUGCUUAGGAAAAAUAAAUACUCAGCUUUCUUUUUUGUAGUAUUCAAAAGCCUUAAAGCUUUGAUUCACCCAUUUUUUAUUUAUAAACGAUGCAACACAAUGUAGUGGUGAUUACAAUCCA